AUGGCGACGGAUUUGUUUCUAGGCCUAGUGGAGCUCAGCGCCUUUGAUGCCGAGGCCAACAAACCACUCGCCAACCUGCAAUACUCACGCGUUCUCUUCAAAAGCUCUAAAAGGGAUGAAAGUGACAUAUAUUGCGGUCUCAACGGGAACGGUGAAUGCACAUACUAUGCUGCACCGUUCCCUGAAAAGUUUCAGACAAGCUUUGAUUUACUCAAAGAACUUGCGGAAACGUAUCCUAACAAUGACCAUCUUGGUGUACGUGAGAAACAAGUAGCCCCCAAUGGAGAAGUUAAGCUAGGAGAUUACAAGUGGACUUCAUUGAGCUUCAGUAUCACCACUGCUAUGAUUAUUGGAAGCGCUCUAUUGAGCGAACCCGGGCUCUUGGUCGAAACUGUCCUUGACGACGAUAUUUUGAAACGCGCCAAAUUCCUGGGUAUAUGGGCACGCAAUUGUCCAUACUGGUUAUUGACGGACUACGCAUCUAUUGCGUACGGAAUUGUAACUGUACCGUUGUACGAAACUAUGGGCGACGAAGCGCUUCUGAAAAUAUUCGAAGAAACACAAAUCCAAACGCUUUGUAUAGAUGCCUCCAAAAUGCAGUCACUAUUGCGUUUACGUGAAAAGUUGCCAAAUGUAAAGAAUUUGGUUGUAUUCGAUUCGCUAAGUGCCGAGGAAAUGGAGCAGGCGAAAAACGCUGGUAUGACAGCUGUUACGAUGGACGAACUUAUUAACCGUUACCGUAAUAAAACGCUACCCCUGCCCAAAGCAAAACGCAGCGACAUUGCAACUGUAAUUUAUACUUCAGGUACCAGUGGGAUACCAAAGGGUGCAGUGCACACAAAUCUCUCUCUAAUGGAACUUGCACGCAGGGUAUACAGCACAGGAAACCGGUUGCACACGACGUCACAUUUCACAACAUUGAGCUACCUACCAAUGUCACAUGUAUACGAACGUUUCGUGGAACACUUUGCGCCCCUGAAUUUGGGGCGCAUUGGUUACUACGGUGGAAACAUCAAAGAUCUUAUGGAUGAUAUACAAACAUUGCAGCCAGACCUUAUGGUGGGAGUGCCGCGUGUAUUUACCAAGAUCCUCGAAAGAAUCAGAUCAACAAUUGAUGGGAAGCCAGCGUGUUUGAAGGCCUUAAUUAAUUGGGCAGUUAACAAGAAACGUGAGUUGCUUGUUAAAAGCUCCGAAAUUCCGUCACAUUGGCUAUACGAUAUCAUACUUAAAAAAAUUAAAAAGUCAUUCGGUGGGAAAUUGCAAACCAUGGUGUUGGGAUCUGCAGCUAUGGCGGAAAAGGAUAUAAUUGACCUCCAAAAUUAUCUUACCUGUCCUCUAUCUGAAGGAUGGGGAACGACCGAAAUAGGUGUUGCUUUUGUCCAAGAUUUCAGAGACAAGAAGAAAGGCACCAUUGGAGGACCCAUGGGUGAUGUAAUUUUCAAGUUGGUCUCGAUUCCGGAGAUGGAAUACGAUGCACGUGCAAACCCACCACGUGGAGAAUUGCUCGUUAAGGGUAGCGGAUUUAUGUUAGGCUAUCUGCAACGCCCCAAAGAGACUGCCGAAGUAUUGGAUGAAGAAGGAUGGUACCAUACCGGUGAUGUUGUUGAGCUGCUGCCAAAUAUGGGACUAAAAAUUUUAGACCGGGCACGCAACUUCUUCAAACUUAGCCAGGGUGAAUACAUUGCACCCGAUAAAUUGGAAAACCUAUACAUAGGUUGCCCAUAUGUAGAACAGAUAUUUAUUCACGGUGAAGCCAGCCGAGACUACAUCGUAGGUAUAGUAGUAGUAAACAAGGACGCCGUAACGGCAUGGGCAGCAAGCAGAGGCAAGGCUAAUAUGCCAAUGGCUGAGCUGCUGAAAGAUAGUGCGUUAAUUGGAGAAAUUCAGGCAUGUUUCACUAAAAUCACUGAACAAAACAAACUUAACGGUCUGGAAAGGUUGCAUAAGUUCACGCUCAUUGACGAGCCAUUCAGCGUAGAGAAUGAACUGUUAACUCCUACCUUCAAGACCGUACGCAAGAAAGUACGCGUUCGCUAUGAAAACGAAAUUAAAGCAAUGUAUGAACAGUGA